AUGCCUUCCAAAGUUCCCGCCGAAGAGCCUGAAAUUGACAUGGACGAGUCUGAGUUCGAUAUGGACGAUUCUGCCAUGAUGGGAGCUCCCGUCCCGGAACGAAAGGAGUAUCUUUGGGCCACAAAUCUUGAGGGACCUGCACCAUACAAAUUCGAGGGCGGAGACAACGAAGAUGAACAGGUCAUCUUCAAAUCCUGCGCUCUUGGCCCCGGCGCCAAAGGAAAGCAUGUCAUCGAGCUUUCCGCUGUUGAUGCCAAUUCCGAGAAGGCCACAGUCAUUCUUGGCAUUCUCACGGAUGCUAAUCCCUACCUUCGAUUGCCCGAUAUUUCCGUCGAGCCACCACUUUUGUUGAAGCUCUCCGAGGGCAAGGGGCCAGUGAACAUCGGCGCCAAUCAUUUGGUCAAUGAAGAAAUGGAUGAUGAAGACGACGAGUCGGACAUGGAUGAAGAAGAGAUGGAAGCGGAACUCCGAACCGCCGAAGACGUAGAAAGUGAAGAAGAGGAAGAAGAGCCCGUCAAGCCCGAGCCAGUAAAAGCUGCUUCGCCAAAGAAAGCUGCGGCGAAAACAGUAGAGCCAAAGGCCGCUACGAAGAGAAAAGCUUCUGAAGUCGAAGAAGAGGCUGACAACAAGAAGGCAAAGAAGGCGCCCAAAGAAUACAGCACCGUCGAGGAGCUGAAGAAAGCUAUCCAGGCUAAUCCGGGAGGAAAGCCAAAGAAGGAAGAAAAGUUCAAGAACUGGCUCCGAAACACCAUGAAGUGCCAGAAAGAAGAAUGGUUCUCGGACGUUUUCAAGUGGUGGCAAGCGCAGGCCAAGUAA